ACACACCACUCCCGAACUGCCCAAGGAACACUGUAGGAGACACAUCUGACAACAGACUCAGGAACCCAUUGACAACAUGAUGGGGGCUCUCUUGAACACGAUAUUUGCCAUUUUCAUUUCACUAACUUUGAUAGGAGAGAAGCUAUCCACCGCUGCACCUAUGUCUCAAUUCAUCCCAGAGUCAUCCGACAUCACAGAUCCCGAUGUGCAGAGUCUUUUGGUAAACCAGGAACUUAAACGUCAGAUGCUACAGAACUGGCAGUCCGAAAAAGAAUCUUCAGACACUGAUGGUCCAUAUGCACGAUCUGGAUUGAAGCGACUUCUGGCACAAAGGCGAUUGGCUGAACAGCAAAAACGAUCAGGCAGAGGCGGUGUUGCACUCUGUUUAUGGAAGGUAUGCCCAGCAGGUCCUUGGCUGGUAUCACAGAAGUAAGACGCAUUGCUAAGCAACCGACGACACAUGACGGAAUGUGACGUAACUUCAUCCAGAAAUUCAAAUGAAAAUCAGCGCUUGACCAUACUUUUUUAUCCAUUGUAUUCGGUGACCUGAAUGAUAAUGAAUGAUUCAAUUAUACAAAGAACAUCAGUUUUGCAGAAAACAAUGUGAUACACCUAACCGAUCUUGAUGUGAAUGAACAGAAAUAGGAAAACAAUAUAUCUUUCGUACAAGCAUCCAUUUAUCAAGAGAGAGAAAUAAAACUUUAUCAUUA